UGUUGUGAGGGGUGCGACGAAAAAGGUUCCAAGUGGGUUGACGUUCGAAGGGCAAGGCGCGGGGGCCGAGUGGCCUGUGGACAAGCAGUGGCCGACCAGACCACUCCACUUUGCAAACUAUGGGUUUACUCUUGCGGCAACGGUGUCGAUCCACGAGGUGCCGACGGGCAUUACUCCCCUGAUGGGCCUGAAAAGAAUGGGGAAGACAACACUCCUGGGACUCUCGUACGAUAAGAAUAUGGAGUGGAGCGUGGAGCAUGACUUCUUCCCGAAGCAUUUUACCGCAUGGGAGGUGGACAAGACGUAUCACGUGGUGCUCAAAAUGCAUGACGGUGUGGGCUCCGUGUACGUUGACGGGACUCUCCUUUGGAAUAUGAGUCUGAGAAAUUCGUUCAAUGAAGGGCUGGACACGGUCUCGCACUUUUACUUUGGCGCGUACGAUGAGCAGUUGAGCAGCGGAAAAAUUCAUGCGACGGUGGCGAACGUCUUUCUGUACAACCGCCCGUUGAAUGAAACUGAGAUUGGCGCCCUCAACGCGAAUAAAGUCAGCAUUCCACCUCCGGAAAGGAAGCCGGCGAAAGAGGUGGCAGCUACUUCCCCGCCCGUUGAACCUGCCAACGAUACGGUGACCACAAAUGCACAAGCAACUGCGCCAGCACCCACUCCUGCCGGACCACAGCCGACGGAUCAAGCAACCUUGGAUGCGAGCAGUGUUCCGAGUGGUGGCGCUCCAUCCGCAACAGCGCGAGGUCGAGCCCAGCAGAGCCCAAACAAGCGGCGUCGAGCCCAGCAGAGCCCGAACAAGCGGCGUCGAGCCCAGCAGAGCCCGAACAAGCGGCAUCGAGCCCAGCAGAGCCCGAACAAGCGGCGUCGAGCCCAGCAGAGCCCAAAACAACCCAAUUCUCUGUGGGCACCCCCGACGCAGCAAAUGCAGCAACACACAACGCUGAGGGCAAGGGACAAGAAGGGCUCCAUCCACAGGUCAAGGAAGCAGAGGCGGCAACACCCAGUAGCAGCCUUUUAA